AUGGGUCCAUGUUUUCCAGCCGAAGGCCCACUUGGAAUGUCUUGGGCAAGGGCGAUCACACGAAGGUUGGGGCGAUACCAGCUGGAGACCAAUGAGGACCGGCAUCGGGGACAAGGAUGGGAAUGGAACGAUGGAAGGAUAGUAGCUGCAUGGAUCAACCCUUAUCACGCGACGGACAUGGCGUCCCAAGCCCGCAUGGCGCCGUGCUGUCAGUCAGACCUAAUGCCUCGGGCUGGGACAAACAGACGGGUAUAG